AUGGACCGAAGCGGGACGCAGGUGGACAAGAUGGAUGGACACAACGGCAUGAACAGCAUCAGCCCCCGGCCUCAUCACCGGCCAUCCUCCGCAUCCGAGAGCAGGAAGAAGAAGCCCAAGAAAAUCCCUGAUAAAGUGACACUAAAGAAGGAGAUCGGGCUGCUGAGUGCGUGCACCAUCAUUAUAGGAAACAUCAUUGGCUCUGGGAUCUUCAUCUCUCCUAAAGGCGUCCUGGAGCACUCUGGCUCCGUGGGGAUGGCGUUGAUAGUGUGGGUGCUGGGUGGCUGCAUCGCUGCCCUGGGCUCUCUGUGCUACGCCGAGCUGGGAGUCACCAUCCCCAAGUCUGGAGGGGACUAUUCCUAUGUCACUGAGAUCUUUGGAGGACUCAUGGGGUUUUUGCUGCUGUGGAGUGCUGUGCUCAUCAUGUAUCCCACCACUUUAGCCGUGAUCGCCCUCACUUUCUCCAGCUACGUCCUGCAGCCCGUCUUCCCAGACUGUGUCCCUCCGUAUAUGGCCACACGCAUGCUGUCCGCCACCUGCCUCUUGCUGCUGACGUGGGUGAACUGCUGGAGCGUCCGCAUGGCCACCAGGAUCCAAGACAUCUUCACUGUGGGCAAACUGGCUGCUCUGGGCCUCAUCAUCGUGGUGGGACUCGUGCAGAUCUGUCACGGACACUACGAGAGCCUGACCCCGACGGUGGCCUUCACGUUUGACAAGACUCUGUCGGUGGGACAGAUGGCGUUGGCCUUUCUCCAGGCUUCCUUUGCUUUCAGUGGAUGGAACUUCCUCAACUACGUCACAGAGGAAGUGGUGGAUCCCAGACGGAACCUGCCUCGUGCCAUUUACAUCUCCAUCCCAUUGGUGACCUUUGUGUACACGCUCACCAACAUCGCCUACUUCUCCUCCAUGACUCCAGAAGAGCUGCUGUCCUCCAACGCAGUGGCCGUAACGUUUGGAGAGAAGCUGCUGGGGAUGUUCUCUGUGCUCAUGCCCAUCUCUGUGGCUCUGUCUACGUUUGGAGGGAUAAACGGUUACCUCUUCACAUCAUCCAGGUUGUGUUUUUCUGGAGCGAGAGAAGGUCACCUGCCCAGUCUUUUAGCUAUGAUCCAUUACAAGAAAUGCACUCCCAUUCCUGCCCUGCUGGUCUGCUGCGCUGCCACUAUUGUGAUCCUGUGCAUUGGCGAAACACACAACCUGAUCAACUAUGUGUCCUUCAUCAACUACCUGUCGUACGGGGUGACCAUUGCAGGCCUACUCUACUACCGCUGGAAGAAGCCCUACCUCUAUCGGCCCAUUCAGGUGUCUGUGCUGGUGCCCAUCUGUUACCUGCUGUUCUGGGCCCUGCUCUUGGGCUUCAGCCUGUACUCGGAGCCAGUGGUGUGUGGGGUGGGGCUCGUCAUCAUGCUCACAGGGGUACCCGUCUACUUUCUUGGGGUGCACUGGAAAGAGAAGCCCAAAUGCAUUCUUGACUUUGUUGAAAAGGCCACUCAUUUGGGCCAGAGGUUGUGUUUUGUGGUGUUUCCCUACCUGGACCCUAUCGAGACCCCUCCUCCCGACAGAAGAAGGAACUUUAGUUUGAAAAGUCGCGAGCGGAUGUUGGUUCUGCGCACGCGUGAAGUGGCUCCACAUGAUGCUGGUCUCGACUGUCAACAGCAUGGCUCUCUUUUAAUAACAGCAGGUAAAUGCCGAACUCAAAGCACCAUGUCUGGGAAGCUGAGUUUCACUAACAUCAUUGCCCUGGCCCCAAUGGUCCGGGUGGGGACUCUGCCCAUGAGGCUUCUGGCUCUGGACUAUGGGGCGGACCUGGUCUACUGCGAGGAACUAAUUGACAUAAAGAUGGCCCAGUGUCGGAGAGUUGUUAAUGAGGUGCUGGAUACUGUGGAUUUUAUUGCUCCUGAUGAAAGAGUUAUGUUCAGGACAUGUGAGCGAGAGAAGGACAGAAUCAUCUUCCAAAUGGGAACGUCUGAUCCAGACCGAGCUCUGACUGUGGCAAAGCUUGUAGAACAAGACGUAGCAGCCAUCGAUGUAAAUAUGGGAUGUCCCAAAGAGUACUCUACUAAGGGUGGGAUGGGAGCCGCUCUUCUCUCGGAUCCUGAUAAAAUUGAAUCGAUUCUCAGGAAAUUGGUUGGAGGAGUAAACAAACCGGUUACAUGUAAAAUCCGAAUCCUUCCUUCGCUUGAAGAUACAAUCAGUUUAGUAAAACGUAUUGAGAAAACUGGUGUAGCAGCUAUUGGUGUCCAUGGAAGAUUCAAAGAGGAGCGUCCCAGGCACCCAGUCCACUGCGAUUACAUACAGGCUGUAGCUAAGGCUGUUUCUAUCCCUGUCAUCGCAAAUGGUGGCUCUCUGGACCUGGUGAAGACCUUUGCAGAUAUAGAGGAGUUCAGAAAAGCAUCUGGGGCGUCCUCUGUGAUGUUGGCCCGGGCCGCCAUGUGGAACCCGUCAGUGUUCAGCCCAAAAGGCCUGUUGCCCCUGGAGACGGUCAUGGAGGAGUACCUCAAAUAUGCUAUCAGAUACGACAACCAUGGCUUCAACACUAAGUACUGCCUGUGUCAGAUGCUCCGAGACAAAGUAGAAAGCCCUCUGGGGAAACUGGUCCAGGCAGCUCAGACAAACGCCGAGUUCAGUGUGGCUUAUGGGCUUCAGGAGUAUUUCCAGAAGGUGCGAGAGGAGCAUCAGGCCAAACGGGACGCUCUCCAGACCAGUAACGGCCUCCAGGACCAGCCGAUAAUGGACGGAGAUGUGCUCACCAUGGCUGUCAAGUUUGAGAGAAGAGAGUAUCCACCACAGAUAACACCAAAGAUGUUCCUUCUGGAGUGGAGCCGCAAAGAGAAACUGGAACCACCCGCUUAUGAGACGGUGCAGCGAGCUCAGGACCGAGCGUUCCAGUCCACUGUAACUAUAGCAGACAAGAAAUACAGACCUUCUUUGUGGGAGAAGUCAAAGAAGUUUGCCGAACAAGCCGCUGCCGUAGUGUGCCUGAGAGUGUUGGGGAUACCAGAGGGCCGCCUGGGAGAGGAGGAGUCUGGUUUGGUUUGUAAAAGGAAAAGGGAGACGAAAGGAAUAAACGGGAUUGACCAAGAGGGCAUCAAAAAGCGCCAUCUAGUGGAGAUUCCACACUCCUGCCCGCGGAUCAGACACUUUGAAGACGCGAACUGCGCUGAGGAGCUGGACUUCAGACUCAUCUUCGAGGAGGACGGGAGACAAGCAACAGGUCUGGAUGUAAGGCCCAAUUCUUCUGUGACACAGACUCUGGAUCUCCAGGGCCAAAAUGUAAACCUCUACCAGCUGGCCCCCCAGUGCCAGCCACAAAUUCAAGGGUCCCAAUAUGGUGCCCAGGGGAACCCCAGAGCCUUUGACUGCCCCAGCAUCCAGAUCACCUCCAUUGCCCCAAACAGUCACAUAGACCAAAGCGGGGAUGUGCGCGGUGCUGAGGGGGGCUAUCAGGAGGCUUCGUGGUCUCGGGAUCAGCUCUACCUCCCCAUGGAUCCUUGUUACCGCGACCAGGCCCUCUGCCCCAGCCCGUGCAGCAGCCUGUCCUCCCGCAGCUGUAGGUCGGAUCUCUCCUCCUGCGAGUCAUUUUCUAAUGUUUAUGACGAGGCUGAGGGCGAACUGCAGGACGCGGCCCGGCUGGUCUUUUGCUCACCCCAUGGAUCUCCGCUGGGGUCACCCGGAUGCGGUGGAGGGGGGUUCGGGGUGGAGCUCUGGCAGCAGAAGUACCAGCACCCCUUCAGUCCGGCGCUGUCACCUCACCAGUCUCCACUUGGCUCGCCCUGCCACUCACCCCGGGCCAGUGUCACGGAGGAGAGCUGGCUCCAACGCCGGCCCACGUCCAGGCCGUCUUCCAGGCCGACCUCGCCAUACGGUAAAAGGCGUCAUGCCAGCUCCGACCCCCUUGCCCGGUCUCCCUCUCCUCAUCAUUCUCCGAGCCCCACCCCAGGUGCCUCUCCUCGGGGCAGUGUGACUGACGACACCUGGGUAAGCAGCCCUGGAGCUGUUCUGGGUGCCUUGCUGUCGAGUUACACAGAGCUGGACGUACCGUCAAAGACCAGGCGGACAUCAGGGCAGCAGCUGACUCCCCUCCCUGUGGACCCAGGGCUGGAGGAGCUGAGGACCACCACAUCUUUUCAGGAUUCAGCCAGGGAAGAGACACUCGACCAGGAUGGACUGGCUGAGCUCUUCCUCCAAGUGCCUUCCCACUACAGCUGGAACAAGCCCAAUCCAGGAAGCACGCCACUCUUCAGUGCCUCGUCUCCUCCUCCUCUGGACUGGCCUCUUCCAAACCAGUUUAAUGGACUGGAGUUAAACCUAGAGGUCCAGCCUAAGUCGUACCACCGCGCACACUACGAGACCGAGGGAAGCAGAGGAGCUCUAAAGGCUGUCUCUGGUGGGCACCCUCUGGUUAAGUUGAGUGGAUUCGGUGAUCAGCCCGUGAGCCUGCUGCUGUUCAUUGGCACCGCAGACGACCGCUACCUUCGGCCUCACUCCUUUUACCAGGUCCACCGCGUUACCGGAAAAACGGUCACCACCAGCUGCCACGAGAAGGUCCAGAACAACACCAAAGUCCUGGAGAUCCCCCUGCUCCCAGAGAACCACAUGAUGGCCAGCAUUGACUGUGCCGGUAUCCUCAAACUACGCAACGCCGACAUAGAGUUGAAAAAAGGGGAGACGGACAUCGGCCGCAAAAACACCAGAGUUCGAGUCGUGUUCAGAGUCGCCGUGCCGCAAGCGGACGGGCAGAUUCUGUGGCUUCAGACGGCUUCCGAGCCCAUCGAGUGCUCCCAGCGCUCGGGCCAGGAGCUCCCUCACGUGGACAGCUUCAGUCCGACCAGCUGCUGCGGAGACGGAGGAGACGAGAUGGUCAUCACAGGCUCAAACAUCUCCACACAGUCAAAAGUGGUGUUCCUCGAAAAAGGCCCUGAUGGACGAUCUGUUUGGGAAAUGGAGGCAAGAAUGAUGCCAGAGAAAAGCUCCGGGACGAGCAUUGUAGUUCGAGUCCCUCCUUACACCAAGAAACCGUCCGGUCCAGUCCAAGCCCAUUUCUACGUCUCAAACGGAAAGAGAAAGCGGAGCCUGAUACAGAAUGUCACUUUUUUACCCAGCUCUCACUGCCCGCUUCCCUCCACCAUCACCGCUCCUUCUUCAUCAGUCAAACGGGAAAGAGGCUGGGAACCGCUGGACCACAUUUCCCAAACUGACCUUGGAUACUCUCCCCAAACCUUGUCUUAUUACAACGUUGGAGAUGUAGCGAAUCUCUGUGGCCCUUCACAAAACCCCCCUGUUCGUCUCCACCACCCCAUUCAAACACUCGUCCAGCUUCCGGCAUCACUAAACUACCCACAAUCCUCGUCGCUGCCUCUACAACCACCUUCGAUACCCAUUCAAGCAGCGCUGGCGUCUCCUCUGGCCUACUCCGUCCCGUCUCGUCCUAGUGCGUCCCCCUCUCUGAACCGGGCAGCCUUCGUGACCUCGGUGGAAGCGCCUAAAGAAGCUCCUCUCCUGAACGCAGGGCCGGUACUUAGUAUCAAACAAGAGCCAGAAGACCAGCCUAAUCUGGGAUGUCUAGGGCUGCAGGAAAUCACGCUGGACGAUGUGAAUGAGAUUAUUGACCGGGACAUUAGUGGUCAUGGCCCGGAGACAUCCCAAUUUGACUUUGUCUUUUGA